GACCGUUUCGGAAUAAUUAAUGACGUCGAGCUGUAAACACGACUGACGCUCAGCUGCGUGGUCGAAGCAUCCUCAGACCAGGAGCCAGAGACCUCUCAAGGUUCCAGUGUCAAUCCCCGACAGAAGCACAGAAAGACACCGACGACACAGCCGCACUUCACAGCGACUCUCAUAUGCGGUCUCCAAAACCCAGACGACGGUGCUGCAUCUGUCCUACCAAGUGCCAUGGCUAGAAAGACGGACAUCCCCCCCUCCUCGUACUAUGGUGAGCCACGCAAGUUUGACCCAAACUUCAGAGGACCUGUCCAUGAGAGGAGCUGCACUGAUGUGGUUUGCUGUGUUGUCUUCGUCAUUGUCAUCCUUGGCUACAUCGCUCUGGGCACCGUGGCCUGGAUCCAUGGUGACCCCAGGAAGGUUGUCUACCCGACUGACAGCCAUGGUCAGUUCUGUGGCCAGAAGAACACGCCCAAUGCAAACAAAGCCAUAUUAUUCUACUUUAACAUGUUGAAAUGUGCCAAUCCUGCAGUUUUAAUUAACCUCCAGUGCCCUACAACCCAGCUCUGUGUCUCUAAGUGCCCUGACAGAUUUGCUACUCUCCUGGAUGCAUGGAAUACCAAAAACUGGGAAUAUUACAAGCAGUUCUGCAAGCCAAGUUUCACAGUUGGAAGUAAGUCAGCGGUGGAAGUCAUACGAGAUGAAGACUGCCCGUCCAUGAUUGUGCCAAGCAGACCUUUCCUUCAGCGGUGCUUCCCAGAUUUUAUUACAAGAAAUGGAAUUUUAACUGUAGCUAAUCAGACCAUCUUCAAAGACGGGGACAAUAACAAGAGAAGUGUCAGAGACCUUAAAGAUGCUGCCAAAGGCAUCGCCAGCCUGCUUAAUGCCAAAGAAGUUGGCAUGAAGAUUGUUGAGGAUUAUGCAAAUUCCUGGCGCUGGAUCCUAAUGGGUUUGGUGAUAACCAUGGCAAUCAGUCUGCUCUUCAUCCUACUGCUGCGCUACACUGCUUGUGUGCUCCUGUGGCUCAUUGUGUUUGGUCUCCUCACUGCCGUUGGUUAUGGUAUCUGGCACUGCCACUGGGAGUAUAGGUCUCUGAGCAGGAAACCAGGUGCAAAUGUCACCAUCUCUGACAUUGGCUUUCACACAGACUUCAGUGUUUACCUUCAUCUCAGCCAGACGUGGCUCAUUUUCAUGAUCAUACUGUCAGUGGUUGAGGCCUCCAUUGUGAUAAUACUGAUAUCUCUAAGGACAAGGCUGCGGAUCGCUGUUGCGUUACUAAAGGAGGGAAGCAAGGCCAUUGGCUACAUCAUGUCCACUCUGUUCUACCCAGUCUUCACCUUUCUCCUGCUGGCCAUCUGCAUCGCUUAUUGGGCUGUAACAGCAGUCUUCUUAUCGUCAUCUGGUCAUGCAGUCUAUAAAGUCACACCUAUUGAUGAUAAGUGCAUGUAUGCCAACCUCACAUGCAGUCCAAAGACCUUCAAUCAGACCAACAUCACCAAAGUGUGCCCUGGGUCACAGUGCAUGUUCGCCUUCUACGGCGGGGAGAGUGUAUACCACCGCUACAUCUUAGUCCUCCAUCUGUGUAACUUGUUCGUGUUCCUCUGGUUGGUCAACUUCGUCAACGCCUUGGGCCAGUGCACACUGGCCGGGGCCUUUGCUUCCUAUUACUGGGCCCUGAAGAAGCCUAACGACAUCCCUGCCUGCCCCCUCUUUACCUCAUUCAGUAGAGCCAUACGUUAUCACACAGGUUCCCUGGCCUUCGGUUCUCUGAUUGUAGCUGUGGUGCAGAUGGUCCGAGUUGCUCUUGAGUACCUGGAUCACAAACUGAAAGGUUCACAAAAUUCCUGUGCUCAGUUCUUGCUCUGCUGCCUCAAAUGCUGCUUCUGGUGCCUGGAGCGUUUCAUAAGGUUUAUAAACAGAAAUGCAUACAUUAUGAUGGCAAUAUAUGGGAAGAACUUCUGCACCUCUUCAAAGGACGCUUUCUUCCUGUUGAUGAGGAAUGUGAUUCGUGUGGCUGUCCUCGACAAGGUGACAGACUUUCUGCUCUUCUUAGGAAAGCUGCUCAUCACAGGAAGUGUUGGUGCUUUGGCAUUUUGCUUCUUCACACGUAAAAUACCAGCGAUUCAAGAGGAGGUGCCGUCGCUAAAUUAUUACUGGGUACCCAUCGUGACGUUGAUAUUUGGAUCUUACAUGAUUGCACAUGGCUUCUUCAAUGUGUAUGCAAUGUGUGUGGACACGCUGUUCCUGUGCUUUUGUGAAGACCUGGAGAGGAAUGAUGGUUCUUCCUCCAGGCCCUACUACAUGCCACCUGGCUUGCACAAGAUCCUGCGCAAAGGAGAAGAAGGUGCCAAAUCCCGCACUGGCUCCUGAGCAAUGUGCAGCCAUUUUACUCAUCUAUUGACUCUCUCUCGCACACUUCCCCAAAUGAACUAAAAUGCGCAGGGGUCUAGAUGUUUGAGAGCAAGUGUAGGGCUAAACAUCAAAACUGGAUGCAUCCCUGCCUGGUCCCGGGUGACCUGGACAUGAAAGGACAGGCUUUUACAACAAUUCCUCACAGAAAAGGCAUCGGGGAUUAGAAAAAGGCAUCCGAUUACUUCCUCUCUCAAGCCAACUCAGAUUCUUGCCCUUUCCUUUCCUGCUUUUUUCUUUUCUGAAUUUUCUGCUGACCUCUGCCUUAUUGAGAGGGUACUUGUCAACUUAAAGGACGGAUGCACAGACUGAGAAAACAAUGAUAAUAAACAUGAGCAUUUUUACCGAAACAAACAGGAGGACCUUAAAAAUGUACAGAUGCCACAGAUGAACUAUGGCAUGAAGCAUCACCAUUAAAAGAAAGAGGUGGUGGACUCGCGGUCACUCUUGUCGCACUUCAGUCUUCUAGUGUAAACUCAUGUUUUGUAUGCACUUUCACAUGUGGGAAAAGAACCAUGUGAUUUACUUUUUCUGCCUGACAUGAUUGUUUUGCUGGCUGUUGACGUUUACCAUUGUUGUUUUUUUUUUGUUUUUUUUUUCGAUCCACUGUAUUUAUACUAACACAAAACACACAAAUCCAAAAUGGUGUGUCUACUGCACUUGGAAAAACAGGUUUCUCCUCUUCUUCUCUUAAAAAGGUCACAAUCAUUUCAAAGUUUCCAUUAUGCUCAUAGACGUACUGUAGACCAGACGGAGAAUUCGGGGAGGUCAAGACUUUAAAAAGAUAUUUUAUGGUUUUCACUUCAAAUCUGAACUGAACCUGAGAGUUUUCAGGAAACUUCUGAAUGCAGCCACUAGUUAAUGUGCCUAGUUGUGGGAAAAAAAAAGAAAAAAAAAAAGAGAAAUUGUUCCUCUUAUUCUGUUGUUUUAGAUUUAACACCAGGAACCUUUGCGAUACAAUUUAUAAAAGGAUGUCAAAGCCAUUUUUGGUAAUUUUUUUAUUGGAUGGUUCAGAUGUAGUGCUGUUUUAAUACUAAGUGUAAUACACACAUCUGUCUGGAGGCUAUUCAGUGUUCUUUUUGUAUAGGGGACUUUUUUUAAUCAAUGAAAUCCAAUGACAAUGUGAAUCAUUUUUUUGAAUAAACAUAAAUGGUUGGAG